CCUCUCAGUCCCUCCCACUCUUACCCAUCACCUUCCUCACCCCAAAGCUUCUUCCUUUCUUUGCUCUUUGCCUUCUCUGACACAUUUGGAUCCUCGUCGAGCGUGUUGUGGGAAAAGGGUAGUAGUAUCCUAUGGCGAAGGACGUUGAGGUUGCUGAGCGUGGCUCUUUCGCUGGCAAAGACUACCAUGACCCUCCUCCUACACCCCUCAUUGAUGCGGAGGAACUCACCAAGUGGUCCUUUUACAGGGCACUCAUUGCUGAGUUCAUUGCAACUUUGCUCUUCCUUUACAUUACUGUGCUCACGGUCAUUGGGUACAAGCACCAGAGUGAUGUCAGUGAUAAGGGUGAUGUUUGUGGUGGGGUUGGCAUUCUUGGAAUUGCAUGGGCCUUUGGUGGCAUGAUCUUCAUCCUUGUUUACUGCACUGCUGGCAUUUCAGGGGGUCACAUUAACCCAGCAGUGACGUUUGGACUGUUCUUGGCUCGCAAGGUGUCUUUGAUCCGAGCCAUCAUGUACAUGGUGGCUCAGUGCUUGGGAGCUAUCUGUGGAGUUGGGUUGGUGAAGGCCUUCCAAAAGUCUUACUACAACAGGUAUGGUGGUGGGGCCAAUUCGCUCGCUGAUGGCUACAGCACAGGCACUGGAUUGGGUGCUGAGAUCAUUGGCACCUUUGUUUUGGUGUACACUGUGUUCUCUGCUACUGACCCCAAGAGGAAUGCUAGAGAUUCCCAUGUGCCGGUUUUGGCUCCACUUCCCAUUGGAUUUGCUGUGUUCAUGGUUCACUUGGCCACCAUCCCAGUCACCGGCACUGGCAUUAACCCUGCUAGGAGUCUUGGAGCUGCUGUUAUCUAUAACCAAGAUAAGCCCUGGGAUGACCAGUGGAUCUUUUGGGUAGGACCAUUUGUUGGGGCAGCCAUUGCAGCAUUCUACCACCAAUUCAUCUUAAGGGCAGGUGCAGCUAAGGCUCUUGGUUCAUUCAGGAGUAACCCUAAUGUUUGAGUUAUCUUCUUCCUCUUCAUGAUGGCUUUAGUGGAAAGAAGAUAAUUGAUUGAAGAGAUGGAGUUGAUAUUGCAAGUAUAAUAAUGGGAAGUGCUUUUGGCUUUUGUAUUUGCAACGUUUUUUCUUUGACCCUCUCAAUUACAUCUUCAAGAUUGUGGAUAAGUGUAGAUUAAAGUCUCUUUCAUGACAGGGGGAGCCUUUUGCACUUUCCUCUGUAUCCUUUUAGUGUGUCACCUUUCUUUCAAGUUAUUCUCUUCUGUCAUCUUUGUACUCAUAUAUUUAUGGAAAUAUAUUUUAAAUUUUAAAUUA